GACAAAUACCUAACAUUGAAAAUAGAACAUCAAAGUGAAAUAAAAUAGUUGUUAUGACUAUAUUACUUACUAAUGUUCUUUCGUACGACUUUUCAGGGAGAUCUGAAGUACUGGAGUGAACUUUGAGAUAAAAAAAUGUGGUUGGUGACGCUGCUGUUUGUGGUGUUAACAGUGGACGCCCAGCUUUCCUUGUACUCACGCCUUGCCUUCACCCAAUCCCAUGACCAUCUCCCUCGUACUCUCAUCAAUGGUAACGUGCUGGGUGAUGUUGGAGGUGCCUAUAAGCUUCAACAUGCUCUAGUUACGGUCUUUCAGGAGGUUUUGGAAGGACCGUUGUCAGGCAAGAUGAUCUCUCUUCUUGUGGCUCAAGAUGUGGAAGUCGAUAUCAAUAUUUAUGAAUUCUUAGGUGGGAUGUCCACGCCGGUCCUCCUUAUACGGACUUCUGUUAGUAGGCCACGCGACAACAGCUCCCUGGAAACUGGUAACCAACACGACCUUCAACAGGUAGACCAGCUGUACGAGCAGGAAGGAAUCGACCAAGCUCAACAGGACAACUCACCGCGUGGCGAGCACAUCAACCACCAGCUGUUAUCCUACAGUGUGAUGGUGGUAGUGGUAGGUAGAGAGGUCCCCUGGCAACUGGUCUCACCCCCUGGAUGGUGGUCACCCUCGGCUGUGUUAGUGUUGAGCGUUCACACAAAUUGCCAGGCCGCCUCCUUCCUCCAGACACCACUCCUGCAGAAAACCUCGCGAGUGGCACUCCUCUGUCCUAAACACCGCCACGACCACACUCUUGGCCAACCACCUGUUACCUUCACCGUCUACAGCUGGUGCCCGUACCACCCAGAGAGACAGCUGGUGGUAGUGGGAAGGUGGAAUCUCACCAAGUUUUCCAGGUGGGGUGAGUUGUUCCAAGACAGGUUCGCAUCGUUGUAUGGCGCUACACUACACGUCUCCAGCCACGAGGAAGACAUGCCUUACGUCUUCAAGAACCCCGACGACACCUUCGACGGUGUGGGGAAGCGGAUGACGGAAGCCAUCGGGGAAUGGAUGAACUUCAGCAUCACCCUGACCCGCCAACCCAGCGACAAUCGGUGGGGGGAGCUGGUGAACGGUUCGUGGGUGGGGAUGCUGGGCCACGUGUGGAGGGGAGAGAAGGACCUCACCAUCAACUACUUAACCAUCACAGAGGAACGCAACAAAUAUUUCGACUUCUCCUUCCCAUACCACAACGAAGGGUAUGGAUACAGCAUCGCCAUCCCGCCACCACUACCUCGCUGGAGGAGUCUCGUCUACUCCUUCACAGCACUCGUGUGGGCGGUGAUGGGCGGCGUGCUGGUGUUGGUGGCGCUCGUCUUCUGUGCCCUCACCCACCUACAUAACCCACUCUCCUUCAGCCAGUGUUUCAGCAGUAUCUUACAGAGCUUGAUGAACCAGGGGAUGAGUCAGGUGCCGCAGGAGUGGUCGCUGAGAAUGUUCCUGGGUGGCUGGUGGAUCACCGCCUACGUCCUCGUCAUCUCCUACACGUGUAACCUGAUCGCCGUGCUCACCGUGCCCGUCUACCCCACCAGGAUCACCACCAUACAGCAGCUGGCUCACACUUACUACAGGAGCUGCAUGUUGGACUAUGGAGAGUUCGUGCCCGAGGCGCUGGCCACCUCUACACACCCGGCACUGUCAGCCUUGGGGGCCAAGCUGGACCUGAUGCCUGUUGAUGGGACGAGGGAGUUCGGGGGCCAGGAGGGCUGUGUGGGCCUGGUCCUUGAGGGAACUCACGCCCACGUAGAGAGCUUUUCAUUCCUUAAGUUGCUGUACUUCCUCCUGGGCCACAAGGAUGUGGUGUACUUUGUGAAGGAGCAGAUCUACCAGGCCAACCUGGCCUUCUUCUUCAGGAGGAACACCCCAUGGAAGUACAAGUUUGACCAGGGAAUACAGUCACUCGUAGAGUCUGGCUUGGUGCACAAGUGGUAUGAUGACAUCAUGAGCGACAUUAAGAAAAUCACUACCACAUCAGAGGAAGACAGCGGGCCGUCAGAACAACCUCUCUCCCUGGGUCACCUCCAAGGCCCCUUCCUACUACACCUGGUUGGUUUGCUGUCAUCACUCACCGUCUUCCUCGUGGAGUACUGUACCUUCAACCAGGCGGGCGCCAGUACUCAGUAGGGCCGGGGACCAAGACCUGCACCGUGCUACCGUCCCUACCCUGUCUGUCCUCGCCAUUUACUUUUACUUCUACUUUUAUCCUCUUCACCAUUGAUGACUGAGAGGCUCUUGCACCUGUCAAGGUGACUGGUUAACUGACAGCAGACAUGACGAAAUACUUAAACCUAACUUAAGUUCUGACCUAAACCUCACCUAAACUAACCAAACCUCACUUAAGUUAGCUAAUCAAACAUAACUUAUAACUUAAUCAUACAGAUGGUUGAUUUGGUUUGGUUUACUCAGGUUUGGUUAGUUAUAUUUCCCUGAGAAUUAUGACGUCAUAAAAUCCAACCACUCGCUGCUUGGCUGACGAUCGUUCACGAGCAUGUUGUAUGACAUACUGACGACACAAUUUGAACCAUUUUUUAUGUUCAUUAACUUCCGAUUAUGGUAUAUAGACUAGGCCAUACUGUAGUGUAGCCUAAGUUGAUUAUAUAGCACACCUUAACCGCUCAGCACUGGCGGACUCAGGAUUUCUCAAUGGCGAAGGAACACCAAAUAAUAUAUUUUCCCAUGUAGGGGUCGCGGCCUCUCCAGACAACAUGGCAGAACUGUAUGCACACACACACACACACACACACACUUGUAAUAAGCUGCAAUUGCUGGACUACUUUCAGUUUAUAAUAAACAUUCGCAAAUC